GCGGGCCCACUGGGAGGCGGGUCGGUGCUCAGCCCUGUGACCGUGGGAACAAGUGGGCGAGGUCACUUGGUGUGUGGGCUCCUCUGGUGUUGGGGGUUGGGGACCGGUCCCAGCCUGUUUCCCACUCUGGCAGGGUGGCUGUCUCUUCUGGGAGGGGCAGGGCCUUUCCCUUUAGCGUCCCCGCCCUUGCUUUUUGUCGUGGCCUUCUGCCUUGGCCUCCUGCCUCCUGCAGUGUCGGGGUCCCCUGGCCGCAUCUUUGGGUGCUCCCGUUCAUUCCUUCCUUUAUCCAUCCACCCGUCUCUCCACCAGCCCACAUUUAUUGAACACCCACCAAGUGCCAUGCCCCCUUAGCAUCCCCUGGGUCAAGGACACUAAGAUGAAUUAAGCAGCAUUUCUUCCAGGAGCUCUUGGUGCAGUGGGGGAGACAGGCGUGUAAACAGGAGAUGACAGUUGAGAUCCACCAGCCACACGGUGGGGUACCUGGUGGGAGGUGGGGUACUGUGGUGGGAGCAUGGAGGAAAUGAGUAUGGAAUGCGGGAAUGAAAGGCCUGGGAAGGGCUGAGAGCAGAAGGAGAAGGAGACCCAGGUCAGUCGGACAGCAGGAAACGGGGCAGGGAACAAGUGCUCCGGGUGGAGGAGCGAGCGCAUGCAAAGGCCCAGAGGUGCGGAAGUAUGAGAUGUCCAAGGAAUGAAUUUCGUGAUAGUCAACGUUUAUCGAGUAUUUAUUGUGUGCCAGGCACUCUCUUAAGAGCUUUACGGUUCCUCACUUAAUCCUUAUAAACACUAAACAGGUACAGAGGACUGUGCUGAUCCCAUUUGGAGAUGAGGGAACAGGCACAGAGUGGUUCAGUGACUUGCCUGGGGACGCACAGGCAUGGAAGGGCUGGAAGAGGCUUCAUCUGGCUGGACCGAGGGCAGGAAUGAGAGAUCGGGGCCAGGUCAGCACGGGCAUUGAGGCCAGGGAGAACUUUGAGACUCUGUGCCCUCUUGAAAAGUUGUGUAUUUUACCCUCUCUGUGCCUCAGUUUCCUCAUCUAUACAAUGGGGCUAAUAUGGCAUCUGUCUCAGGGGGCUGUGGUGAGGAUGACUGAGGAAGUGCAUGGAAUGAGCCUGGCACAGCGCACGGCCCCUGUGUGACAGGCAUUCUUCUCGGUGGGCAGUCACUGAGUGGAGGUAUUGCUGCUAGGGCAGCAUCUCGCUGGGUUCAGAUCUUGGUUCCACGACCUCCUGGCUAUGUGACCUUACACAGUUCUUCCCCUCUCGGAGCGGCAGGUUCUUCAUCUGUGAAAUGGGCUUAACGGUGCAGCAGUAAACCUUUGGGGGGGCCCUGGCCCCCUCCCUGGCCCCCGAUGAGGGAGGGGGCAGGCCGAGGAGCCAUUCCAAACUUAGUGGAGUGGCUUGGAGAAAGGACAGGGUGCACAGGCCGGCUGGCUGGGAACUGUUCCUGGUCAUCCUCCCCACCCCCAGGCCGGCCAGGCGGCCAGCGGGCUCUCCCCAGGCCCUCCCUGCCCCUCCCCUUAGCCCAGAGCCUUUCCUAAAGUGGCCCUCCCACCAGAGGCGUUAUUAAUAGCCGCGGCAGGGCUCGAAUCACCGGCCAAGAAUGUUACCCAGUGGCGCAUGGGGGAAGAGGAAGCCGCGGGGCCGGCGGCUGGGGUGGGUGCGGAGUGAUGCCCGGGGUGCCAUGUGGGCCAGGCAGGAGGGCCUCCACCACCCCCACCCUCACGCUGUCAUCCGCUGUCCCUCCUCCUCCUCUUCUGUGUCCUGCUCAGGUGACUCGGAGGAGGAGGACAUGGGGAUCUUGGAGGUCAGCGUUUCGGACAUCAAGCCCCCGGCCCCGGAGCUGGGCCCCAUGCCCGAUGGCCUGAGCCCUCAGCAGGUGGUCCGGAGGCACAUCCUGGGCUCCAUCGUGCAGAGCGAAGGCAGCUACGUGGAGUCUUUGAAGCGGGUACUCCAGGAUUACCGCAACCCCCUGAUGGAGAUGGAGCCCAAGGCGCUGAGCGUCCGCAAGUGCCAGGUGGUGUUCUUCCGCGUGAAGGAGAUCCUGCACUGCCACUCGAUGUUCCAGAUCGCCCUGUCCUCCCGCGUGGCCGAGUGGGACUCCACCGAGAAGAUCGGGGACCUCUUUGUGGCUUCAUUCUCCAAGUCCAUGGUGCUUGACGUGUACAGUGACUACGUGAACAACUUCACCAACGCCAUGUCCAUCAUCAAAAAGGCCUGUCUCACCAAGCCCGCCUUCCUCGAGUUCCUCAAGCGGCGACAGGUGUGUAGCCCCGACCGCGUCACACUCUACGGGCUGAUGGUGAAGCCCAUCCAGAGGUUCCCGCAAUUCAUCCUCCUGCUCCAGGACAUGCUGAAGAACACCCCCAGGGGCCACCCAGACAGGCUCUCGCUGCAGUUGGCCCUCACGGAGCUGGAGACGCUGGCUGAGAAACUCAACGAGCAGAAGCGGCUGGCCGACCAGGUGGCCGAGAUCCAGCAGCUGACCAAGAGCGUCAGCGACCGCAGCAGCCUCAACAAGCUGCUGACCUCGGGCCAGCGGCAGCUGCUCCUGUGCGAGACUCUGACGGAGACCGUGUACGGUGACCGCGGGCAGCUGAUCAAGUCCAAGGAGCGAAGAGUCUUCCUGCUCAAUGACAUGCUGGUCUGCGCCAACAUCAACUUCAAGGGCCAGCUGGAGAUCAGCAGCCUGGUGCCCCUGGGGCCCAAGUACGUGGUGAAGUGGAACACGGCGCUGCCCCAGGUGCAGGUGGUGGAGGUGGGCCAGGAGGGCAGCUCCUACGACAAGGACAACGUGCUCAUCCAGCAUGCCGGCGCCAAGAAGGCCUCUGCCGCGGGCCAGGCCCAGAAUAAGGUGUACUUCGGGCCCCCGCGCCUGUUCCAGGAGCUGCAGGACCUGCAGAAGGACCUGGCCGUGGUGGAGCAGAUAACCCUCCUCAUCAGCACGCUGCACGGCACCUACCAGAACCUGAACAUGACGGUGGCUCAAGACUGGUGCCUGGCCCUGCAGAGGCUCAUGCGGGUGAAGGAGGAGGAGAUCCACUCGGCGAACAAGUGCCGCCUCAGGCUCCUGCUUCCUGGGAAGCCCGACAAGUCCGGCCGCCCCAUCAGUUUCAUGGUGGUCUUCAUCACCCCCAGCCCCCUGAGCAAGAUCUCCUGGGUCAACAGGUUGCACUUGGCCAAGAUCGGACUCCGGGAGGAGAACCAGCCGGGCUGGCUCUGUCCGGACGAGGACAAGAAGACCAAAGCCCCAUUCUGGUGCCCGAUCCUGGCCUGCUGCAUCCCUGCCUUCUCCCCCCGGGGCCUCAGCCUGCAGCUUGGGGCACUGGUCCACAGUCCUGUCAGCUGUCCCCUGCUAGGCUUCUCAGCGGUCAGCACAUCGCUUCCACAGGGCUACCUCUGGGUUGGAGGCGGGCAGGAGGGCGCAGGGGGCCAGGUCGAGAUCUUCUCCCUGAACCGGCCCUCGCCCCGCACGGUCAAGUCCUUCCCGCUGGCGGCCCCUGUGCUCUGCAUGGAGUACAUUCCGGAGCCGGAGGAGGCAGAGAGCGGAGACAACGACGAAAGCCACACGGCUGCUGACACCUCAGCUGCAGUGCAUCCGACCAUCUGCCUGGGGCUCCAGGAUGGCAGCAUCCUGGUUUACGGCAGUGUAGAUACGGGCACCCAGUGCCUGGCGACCUGCAGGAGCCCAGGCCUGCAGCCCGUGCUCUGCCUGCGGCACAGCCCCUUCCACCUGUUUGCCGGCCUGCGGGACGGGACCCUCGCCGCCUACCCUCGGACCAGCGGAGGCGUCCCCUGGGACCUGGAGAGCCCUCCCGUGUGCCUGACUGUGGGGCCCGGGCCUGUCCGCACCCUGCUGAGCCUGGAGGACGCCGUGUGGGCCAGCUGUGGGCCCCGGGUCACCGUCCUGGAUGCCACCAGCUUGCAGACUCAGCAAAGCUUCGAGGCGCACCAGGACGAGGCCGUGAGCGUGACGCACAUGGUGAAGGCAGGCAGCGGCGUCUGGAUGGCCUUCUCCUCCGGCUCCUCCAUCCGCCUCUUCCACACCGAGACACUGGAGCAUCUGCAGGAGAUCAACAUCGCCACCAGGACCACCUUCCUGCUGCCAGGCCAGAAGCACCUGUGUGUCACCAGCCUCCUGAUCUGCCAGGGUCUGCUCUGGGUGGGCACUGACCAGGGUGUCAUCGUCCUGCUGCCUGUGCCUCGGCUGGAAGGCAUCCCCAAGAUCACAGGGAAAGGCAUGGUCUCCCUCAACGGUCACUGUGGGCCUGUGGCCUUCCUGGCCGUGGCGACCAGCAUCUUGGCCCCUGACAUCCUGCGGAGCGACCAGGAGGAGGCCGAGGGCCCGGGGGCCGAGGAGGACAAGCCAGAUGGGCCGGCUCACGAGCCAGCGCCCGUGCCCGCGAGCCACAUGGGCCGCGAGCUGACCCGCAAGAAGGGCAUCCUUCUGCAGUACCGCCUGCGCUCCACCGCCCACCUCCCCGGCCCGCUGCUCUCCGUGCGGGAGCCAGCGCCCACCGACGGCUCGGCCCUGGAACACAGCGAAGAGGACGGCUCCAUCUAUGAGAUGGCUGACGACCCCGACAUCUGGGUGCGCAGCCGGCCCUGUGCCCGCGACUCCCACCGCAAGGAGAUCUGCUCGGUGGCCAUCAUCUCUGGCGGGCAAGGCUACCGCAACUUUGGCAGUGCCCCGGGCGGCAGCGGGAGGCCAGCCCCGUGUGGGGAGACGGACAGCACCCUCCUCAUCUGGCAGGUCCCUUUGACGCUAUAGCCCCCGGCCCAGGGCACACAGCUGCAGGCCUGGCCACAGCCGGGCCGGGCUCUCGGCCUGCUGUGGGCCCUUCCGGCCGUCCAGGGUCCCCCGAGGAGCACUUGGUGGAAUCGCCUUCCGGGGACCUGCACAGGGAUGCGCAGAUGAGCCUGGAUCUCCAGUAAACUACCUUGGCAGAACAGAGGAAACCCUCUUCCUUUUUAAAACAAAAUUAUAUUUCAGAGUGUUUUGGGAGAGGGGUUUGGGCUUGGGGAGAGGGAGGACACCUCUGGAGGAAAUGGCCUUCUUUUUAAAAGCAAAAAAACACAAAACCUCACAACUGUCUGGCAAGCCCAGCGCCUCUCGCCCGGGGCCGAACGGGGCUCCGAGGCGGCCACACGCCCCUCCGGGAAGAGUGCAUGCGUGUGAGUGUACGAGAGUGUGUGGGCCGGUGUGUGAAUAUAUAUAAAUACGUAUAUAUGGUGUACAUUAUAUGUGUAUAAAGUCUGUACAUAUUGGAGCUCUGGGAGAUGCUGGAAUAAAAGGCAAGAAUUACAUCAGCACUCGGAUUGAGGGGUUUUUCUUUCUGAGAUGUGAUAGGGAAGAGACAGAGCAGCUGUCACUAGAGAGAGAUUGUUCUGGAAGCAGAAGUGACACUGACCUCAGCGGGGAGGAUGGCGGCCAGGCUCCAGGAAGGCACUGUCACAAGAACAGGCCCUAGAACUGUGCUGUCCAGGGAGGUCACCAAUGGCCACAUGUGGCUAUUUCAU